AUGGUCAAGGCAGACCCCCACAACGAGGUUUGCCUCGCAGACGCAGUCCCGUUACCACAGCAGGCAGACGCCUAUCGGGAAGGCUGCGGCGGCUUCUGGCCCCCGCCUGGCGUGGCAGGGUUGAUUCCUCUGUUUUUGAUCAUUGGAUCUGGAGGCGUUGGCGCAGCCCUGUAUCUCAUGCGUUUAGCAAUGUUCAACCCUGAUGUCUGCUGGGACAAGAAAAAUAAUCCAGAACCUUGGAACAAACUGUCUCCCAGUGACCAGUACAAGUUCUACUCGGUUAAUGUAGACUACAGUAGACUGAAAAAGGACCGUCCUGACUUCUGAACAACACACUCAUCUCCAUAAGCUGCACAGAAAGGUCUUCCGGAAGCUGUCCGCACAAUUGUCAUGCUUAAUCAUCCAGGAAAUAAUCAAACUUGCCUCAUGUUGCACUUGGUUAUGUGUUUGAAAGUGUUUUGAUGAGGCUUAAUAAAUAUCUGAAACUUGAA